UGAUAUUUUGCCCUGUGCUGUGAAGGUUUUGGGUUGUAAUAGGUUGACACAUCUCUCAUCGUUAUUUUUUCGUGUUUGCGGCCUUUUCAAACUACAGCCGCAGCUCGAGCUCCUUUGUAUUAAGUUAAAGCCUGAACGGGUGCCAUACGUUUAUGUAAAUUUAGUUCGUAUCUCAUGGUAGUAAUGGAUCUGCCAUACAUAUAGAUUACGAAAGUCCGCAUCAAUCUCAACAAAGAUGUCUCGUCAGAGACCGGGUUAUGGAGGCGACACUGAUGCGGGGGAUAACUAUCACCAUCGCGCAGGUCCGAAUUCGGGGGCGGCCAGUGCCGGUCAAAUGAACGGUCAGAUGAACGUCCCCGCAUCCGCUUCUCCAUCCGGUCAGGGACAAUUUAGUGGAUUCCAGGAUUUUGCCGACACCGAUAAUUCUGCCGGUACUCCCUUUGGGGGAAACUUCAUGAAUGAACAAAUGGGCAAAGCAGCAGGGAAUUUCUCUGGAAAUAAUUUCGACAGUGGCUUCAUGGGUGCUGCAGCGGCCGGUGGAGGUGCAGGUGCAGCAGGUCAGGGCGGAUAUUCGCCCAAGGCACCGCCGCCCCAAGACAGUUGGGGCGGCGGGCCGGCAUGGGGGCAGGGUGACCAGUAUAAUAUCCCACCGGAUCACUACCAGAACUUCGUUACGCAGCUGACCACACGGUUUUUGGAAACGACGACAUCCAUGACCACCGCAGCUAUGAACACCACCACCAACAGUACCGGGAUCACCAACAGCACGCUGAAUUAUGCGGAUGUCGAACUUCCUGCUCCAUGUUAUCAAGUUGGUCGGCCAAGCAUGAUCAAACUGUAUGUCACAUGCGGCUUCAUCAUACCGGUGCUGGCUUUCCUUUACGUCCUGCUAAGUUGGAUUAGUCGAGUUAUUCGUAAGAAAAUCUUACAACGGAAAGAAUACGAAAGCCUGGAAGAUGAAGAUGUUGAAUUCACGGACAACACACAAAAAAAUCAGAACAUGGAUAAGAUUAAAAUGUUGGUCUACGAACGUCAAAACCGGUCAAAAUUAUCCAUAUGGAUUGCUGAUGCUUCUUCUCCACAAACAAAACCCGGUCAAUCAAUGAUGAGCAUCGCAUUGGUUUGCGCGGCGAUAUCGCUGAUCAUUUACCUCUCCAAGGUUUCUAAAGAAUUGCCCAGUCUCGAGUGGUGUGGAACAUUGCCGAAUGGUUUUCAAAUUAUCGACUUGAUUGCAAACUUGUUCCUUCUGUUCUAUUUUAUAGUUCGGAUUAUCGGAAACGAAAAGAAGUUCAAAAUUUUAAUAGACAUUUAUUCAAUAGUCGACUAUUUCACCAUCCCUGCUGUCAUUAUUGGAGCAUGUCUGGACCGCUAUUUCACCGGUUUUAAUUUUGGCCGUGCCUACAACUUUCUAUGGCUCGUUGACGUACUGACAAACAGAGGUGUAUUCCGGACGGUCAACGCUAUCAAGUUAACGUAUUUGGUGACGCUGGUGGUUGUGACCUUAUUAAUUGCUGCGGGUUUCCUGCAUUUGGUGGAAAAUCAAGGAGAUUUUUAUCCUCUGGUUCCCAAAGGUUCAUUUGAUGGUCAGCAGGUGUCGUUUUGGCGGUGCUUCCUGUAUCUGUACGGCAAAGUUACUCUCAUUGACCUCAGCGGUAUUCGAGUACAAACCAAGUUGGGCAAGCUUAUCAUCUAUGCCUUCCAGUUGAUUGCAUUGGGUAUUAUCGGUCGUGCGAUUCCACAAAUUGUGGCGCUCCUAAAAAUCACUCCCGAGUACGACAAAGACUACAUUGCACCGGAAAGAUUUUUGCAUAUCAUCAUUUCCGGUCAUGUGACCAGCCCAUCCGUGGGUGCGUUUCUACGAGAAUUCUAUCAUCCAGAUCGUGACAUCAGCGAACAUUUCAAAAUCGUCAUUUUGGGAGAUAAACCACCGGACGAAUCCAUGGAACGUCUGAUGAAACAGUUCUUCAAUCGGGCGGACUACCGCCGUGGCUCAAUUCUCAGUGCAUUGGAUAUCAAUCGAGUCAAAUUGUUCGAGGCCGCUGCGACAUUAUUGGUGGCGGACAAAGCUGCCGCAGAAUCGGACGCUGAGGAUGCCGUUAAUAUAAUGAGAGUUGUAUCGAUCAAGAACUUUAAAGACAAUGCCCGUGUCAUUGUGCAAAUCUUACAGUACCAUAACAAGGCAUAUCUACAAAAUAUUCCUUCUUGGAAUGUACAACAAGGCGAUUUGGUCAUUUGCAUUGCUGAGCUCCGUCUCGGACUUCUCGCGCAGAGCUGCUACGCUCCCGGCUUUUCCACCCUGAUGGCAAAUUUUUUCACAACACGAGCAUUCAGUGAAAGAAAAAAGUAUCAAGACGCAUGGAUGAUCGACUAUGCGCGGGGCACAUCAUUGGAAAUGUAUGCGCGCAGACUGAGUGACGCCUUCGCUGGAAUGUCAUUUACCCAAGCUAGCGAAUUCUGUUACCUCCGAUUGAAGAUCGUUUUGGUGGCUGUGAAGACCGAUCCCUAUGAUCUAGCUAGCAUGCCGCAAGUCAAUCCAUCAGAAUGCACAAUCCAGAUCGGAAGCAUUGGAUACUUUAUUGCCGAUUCUACCGAAGAAGUGGAGCGAGCCAUUUACUAUUGCGCCACAUGUCACCGUGAUGUGGAUGACCCCAAUCAAAUAAAAAAGUGUGCUUGCCGGGCGGAAAGCGAGGAACAGGGCAAAGCAAACGAUUUGUACAAUCUGGUAUCGGCACGUGUGGAGGCCCAGCAAGCCGUAGGUGUCAAGCGACGGGAUGAUGUACUGGAAGGAAAAAUCUGGUCGUACAUCAGGCGAUACCCAACAUCACCACCGCGUUCUGUUAAAAACGAUGGCGCAAAGGAGCCGCAACUGGAAGGCAUGGACACGGGUGAUUCUUUAAUGGAACGCCUAAACGAGCAGCCUGCGAUGUACGACAGCACCGGCAUGUUCCAUUGGUGUUCAGGACGACCUCUGGAAUCCGUUUUGAUGACGCGACAACAAGCGGCUAAGGCGGAAUUCAGCGGGCACAUCGUUAUUUGCAUUUUAUCGCAACCGGGAUCUCAGAUCGUUGGUUUGCACAGUUUUAUUCUACCUUUACGAUCCAGUGUUGUGAAACCACGGGAGCUUCGCGAUGUUGUCAUUUUGAGUGACCACAGUUUUAUGAAGAAGGAAUGGACAUAUCUUCUGAACUUGCCUCGAAUACAUGUCGUUAGAGGCACCGCUUUAAAUCGGGCUGACCUGCGUUCGGUCACACUCAACACUUGUAAAAUGUGCGUGAUUAUCGGCGCACCGAGUUCCGGUGCUCAAAUGCAGAAUGUCGACAAUGCGCUCAUCGAUAAAGCGGUAAUUCUGGCUACUCUCAAUGUGCGCGCUAUGAGAUUUUCCGAAGAAGAGGCCGUAGAAAUGUUUCAGUCAAAUCCCGCGAGCGAAGUCGGCUCCAUUUCCGAAACCGAAAGCAUGUACCAACAAAGAAUUUCACUGAAGACGCGAGCCCGGCAAACUGGUUAUGAAGUGCCGCUCAUAACGGAUAUUCUGCGGGAUACCAAUGCGCAGUUUCUGGAUCAGGAUGACGAUGACCUUCCAGGAACGGAGUUUUACAUGACACAGCCUUAUGCCUGCGGACGGUGCUUUUCUGGCACUGUGCUGGAUUUAUUGAUGAUAACGUCAUUUUUUAACCCGGUUAUCGUCAACGUCUUCCGCACCAUGAUUUUCGGUGGGGCAUCGCUGGAACUGGAAAAGAUUCUUGCCGAGGGAGCCGGUAUGAUCGGCGGUGCCAAUAUUUCCAAACCCGCAAUGGUGAAAAAUCAAGUUAUAGUAAACCAGUUUUCAAUUUCUUCCGGACCGUUAUCGGUGCAUGCGGAGUCGACGUAUGGCGGUUUAUUUAUCGAUGCACUGGUAACAUUCGGCCGAUUAUGCCUGGGUGUCUACCGGAAGAUGGACCCAACAGAUGACAGCUCGAGAGCAGCGAAGCGUUUUGUUAUUUGCAAUCCACCGGAAGAUUUCAUUCUCGAUCCCACCGAUAUGAUCUACAGUUUGGAUCGUCCGGAUUUUAAUGACCAACCAAUAAGAGAUCCCUCUCUUGGGCUAGCGGCUUUCUUAAGCUCAAAAGAGUAAUCACUUCGAGGUUUUCAACUGCUACUGUGUAAGCACUAACCCGUUUCCAAACUUGUUCUGUGUUCUUUUCGUCCGCAUCGUCAUAUAAUACAGCAAAAUAAUCAACACGGUAAUAAAGGCAAAAGCUAUUCAACAGCGAAAAA